AUGACGAGGACCGACACCCUUCACUCCACCACCAGCUCCACGGCAACGCAACGCAGGAGAGGUCAACACGCCAAGAAACAGGUCCAGGGUAAUAACCAGGUCCAGCGCGCUCCCAGAGCCCUCUACUGUCUCAAACUCAACAACCCAAUCAGGAGAGCCGCCCUGUCCAUCGUGGAGUGGAAGCCUUUCGAUAUCUUUAUUCUGUUAGCCAUCUUUGCUAACUGUGUAGCGUUGGGCGUGUCCAAACCAUUCCCUGAGGACGACUCCAACUCAACCAAUCAUGACCUGGAGCAAGUGGAGUACAUCUUCCUGGUCAUCUUCACCAUCGAGACCUUCCUGAAGAUCCUGGCCUACGGUCUGGUCAUGCACCCCAGCUCCUACAUCCGCAACGGCUGGAACCUUCUGGACUUCGUCAUCGUCAUCGUCGGACUGUUCAGUGUUGUCUUGGAGACGGUGACUCAUAAGUCUGGAGAAGUGUCGACCACCAGCCACCACACGCCGGGGAAGCCAGGAGGUCUGGACGUCAAGGCCCUCAGGGCCUUCAGAGUCCUGAGGCCGCUCAGACUGGUCUCUGGAGUACCCAGCCUCCAGAUCGUGCUGAACUCCAUCAUGAAGGCCAUGGUUCCUCUGCUCCACAUCGCGCUGCUCGUCCUCUUCGUCAUCAUCAUCUACGCCAUCAUCGGCCUGGAGCUCUUCAUCGGCCGCAUGCACCGCACCUGUUACUACAUAGGAGCAGAUAACUACGUGGAGGACGACCCGGUGCCCUGUGCGUUCGCGGGCCACGGGCGCCAGUGCCUGCUGAACGGCUCCGAGUGCCGUGGCCGCUGGGACGGGCCCAACGGAGGCAUCACCAACUUCGACAACUUCUUCUUCGCCAUGUUGACCGUCUUCCAGUGCAUCACCAUGGAGGGCUGGACUGACGUACUCUACUGGAUGAACGAUGCCAUGGGUCUGGAGCUCCCCUGGGUUUACUUUGUGAGUCUGGUCGUCUUUGGCUCCUUCUUCGUCCUCAACCUCGUCCUGGGAGUCCUGAGUGGAGAGUUCUCCAAGGAGAGGGAGAAGGCCAAGGCGCGGGGAGACUUCCAGAAGCUCAGAGAGAAGCAGCAGAUGGAGGAGGACCUCUGUGGAUACCUGGACUGGAUCACACAGGCUGAGGACCUAGAUGAGAACCUGGAUGACAAUCACCGUCCUUCGUUGGGCGAGCUGUCUGAUAAGAAGAGAGGGAAGUUUGGAUGUGCUCAGAUGAUGAAGAACAGCUGCUGUCGGGUGCUGAAGCGCUGGAACAGGGUGUGCAGGAGGAGGUGUCGCGUGGCGGUGAAGUCCGUGUCCUUCUAUUGGCUGGUUCUGCUGCUCGUCUUCCUCAACACCUCCCUCAGCGCCUCGGAGCACUACGACCAACCUGAUUGGCUGACCGGAGUCCAGGACACGGCCAACAAGGUGCUGCUGUCGCUGUUCACGGUGGAGAUGCUGCUGAAGAUGUACAGCCUGGGCCUGGCCCACUACUUCGUGGCCUUCUUCAACCGCUUCGACUGCUUCGUGGUGUGCGGGGGCAUCAUGGAGACCAUCCUGGUGGAGCUGGGCAUCAUGCCCCCGCUGGGCAUCUCCGUGCUGCGCUGCGUGCGCCUGCUCCGGAUCUUCAAGGUCACCCGUCACUGGACAGCCCUGUCCAACCUGGUGGCGUCGCUCCUCAACUCCAUGAAGUCCAUCGCCUCGCUGCUGCUCCUCCUCUUCCUCUUCCUCAUCAUCUUCGCUCUGCUGGGCAUGCAGCUGUUUGGGGGGAAGUUUAACUUUGACGAGACGCAGACCAAACGCAGCACCUUCGACGCAUUCCCCCAGGCCCUGCUCACCUGCUUCCAGAUCCUGACCGGAGAGGACUGGAACAUGGUCAUGUACGACGGCAUCAUGGCGUACGGUGGGCCGGUGUUCCCCGGGAUGAUCGUCUGCGUCUACUUUGUCAUCCUCUUCAUCUGCGGAAACUACAUCCUACUGAACGUCUUCUUGGCCAUCGCAGUAGACAACCUGGCGGGAGGGGACACGGACAACAAGAAGAAAGAGUACGUUAAAGAACAUUAA